GGAGAAAUAAAAAUGUCGCAAGGUUGCAUAGCGGUAUAAAACAGAAGUUAAAGAUAAAUGACAUUAAGUCAGAUCCUAGUUACAGUUCACAGAUUCUGCAAUGAAGUUUAUGCUUUCACUACUAGCCUUGGGCUACGUAGCGAUAGCUAUCGCCGCCCCCAGUCUGCCGGUGCAUCCUGGAGGCAUCGGGGGGUUGUUUAAAGGACCCAAUUCAGAAACCAUCAUCAAAGGGCCAGACGGAAGCGUUAUAACUGCAGCUGCCGAAGGUGGAGAAGUCCACACUGACCUUGAACCUAUCGUGGUUGCAGAAGAAGUAGUACCUGUUGAACCCGUGGUACCUGUGGAAGCAGUAGCGGUACCUGCCCCACCUGUGGAAAACAAACAAAGCUCGGACUUAAUUGGCCCCUCUGGCAGAAUUGUUACGCAAGGGUCGCAGUCCAUUAUAGCCGGGCCAGCUUCAACCACAAUUACUGGUCCUGCCGUAUUAGCAGAAACCGUAGUUAAAGGAGCGCCAGUUGUUGGAACACCAAUUAUAGGUGCAGCUCCCGUUGUAGCUCCAAUAGCAGUUACGGCAGCUCCUAUUGCUGUAACAGCAUCACCAUUACCCCUGGUCCCUGAAACUGAUUUGGUAGCUCCGGCUGUUGUAGCAACUGGAAUUUCUAGUGUAACUGCAACUUCUCCGAAUGCUGUUGCCACAGCUUCAGUUUCACCACAUUUGUCAAUUGCGUCAGUUUCAGCAAGCCAUGGAGCUGCAGCAACAGCGUCUCUAGCUCCAAAUAUAGCUACAACAUCUGUUGAAACAGCAUCUCCUUUACCUAUCAUUUCGUCAACAGCUGCACCAGUUUUAAUAUCAAGUGGAGCUCCUGUUGCUCCAGGAAUACACGGUGUAACAGUUAAUGGUUUUAAUAAUCAUUUGGUUCAUGAAGUUUCAACAGCAUUACCUUUACCGGUGGUUCCUUCAACAGAAGUUGUUUCGUCAACAGUAUCACCAAUAGUUUCGUCAACUGUUUCUCCAGUUAUACAAAAAGGGAUAGCUGUUAAAGGUCUUGUUGGAAGUACUGAUCAUAUCCAUCUAGGACCUCAAUUGGUUUACGACUCUCCAACACCAUCACCUUUACCAGUGAUUCAUUCUACACCAACUCCAGUAAUUCCCGAUGUGACCAACAGAAUACACCAGCAAGGUCUUGCAGCUCAUGGUCUUGUAGGAACUAAUGACCGUGUUGAUCUUGGACCUCGCUUAAUCCAUGAUCAGUUAGCUAUUGACAACAGACAGUUGCACCUCAAUCCAGCUUUAAUCCCAUCUGCUAAUAUAAUCCCUCCUGAAAUAUCAGUGACUCCGAAAACGCCCAUUGCCCGCUUAAGGCCAACUCCUGGUACUUUGCUCACAACUCCAGGACUGGGAACAGUCGCAAACUCCCCAAAUAUUUUAAGGGAGGAAGGGAGUGUUGGUAUAAAUGUAACUCCGGAUAGUUUACAUUACGUACCACAAUCCCAGCACAUUUUAAGGGAAUAUGGAAGGGCAGGAUUGGGCGUAACUCCAAACACUUUACAAUACGGACCUCAAUCUCCUCACUUGAUAAGAGAAGGAGGAGGUAUAGGAUUAGGCGUAACUCCCAAUACUUUACAAUAUGGAGCUCAGUCUCCACACAUUUUACGAGAAGAAGGAAAUGUAGGUUUAGGUGUGACCCCAAACACUUUAGAAUACGGACCUCAAUCCCCACACUUAAUAAGAGAAGAAGGAGGUGUAAGAUUGGGCGUAACUCCCAAUACUUUACAAUAUGGAGCUCAGCCUUCUCAUAUAUUAAGAGAAGAAGAAGGUGCAGCAUUAGGUGUAACUCCCAACACUUUACAAUAUGGACCUCAGUCAAGAGAUGACGGAAGGGCCGUACAAUACAUUCCUCAACCUCAAUUAAGAAAUCAAGAACAACCUCAAUUAAGCCCCCAACAACUUGCGGCUUUACAAUACCAACAAAAUUUGAUCAAUAAUCAGAUUCUGUAUGCAUCAGGAGGUCAGUCUACAGGCCCAGCUUUAUUUACUCCAACUGAAGGCCCAGAAGAAGAAGACAGACCAGGUGAAGAUCCAAACGUUGCAAUAGGAGGUGCUCGAAUAACUCCACCGCCGGUUAUUCCACAACAGGGAGUUUUGGGUUCAGAAUUGGCAAAAUCUGGGGUUGAUGCGAGUCAGGUGCAGUUGACCAAUGUGCCUUUGUCGGAUGUGUCUAAUUUGCCAGAGGAUUCUAAUGUUAAAAGGGCUGUGCUUUAUAAUGUGAGAGCGCAAAGUAGAGGUCGGCAUGGAAGACAAGUUGAAGAGGAAAAGAAGAAACAUUGAAAGACGGGGGAAAAGCAACUAGUCAGUAUUGAGUUGUGGUGUAAUGUUAUAUUUGCUUAAAUAAGUUUGCUAAUCUUUGUAUUAUUUUAUAUAGUAUUUAUAAAGUUGUAAUAAAUAA